UUUAAACAGCCCUUUCGGAGCCUGUCAGCGGUGUGUCGCCUGGCUGUGCUGCUUCUUCGUUUUGCCUGAGACCUGGAAACAUGCUGUCCUUCGCUUUUAGACAACUCACACGGCCACUGUGCCAGCGAGCCCCACUUCGUCUCAGUGUACGUGGCCAGCAGUCGCAUGCGGCCACCCGCACAGUAGAUGAGGAUCGUCCAUGGACGGGCCAGGAGAGCCUGGCUCAGGAUGACCCAGAGAUGUGGGAUCUGCUGCAGAAGGAGAAGGACAGGCAGUGCCGUGGCUUGGAGCUCAUCGCAUCUGAGAAUUUCUGCAGUCGAGCCGCUCUGGAAGCUCAGGGCUCCUGUCUGAACAACAAAUACUCGGAAGGCUACCCAGGGAGAAGGUACUAUGGUGGAGCAGAAGUGGUCGACCAAAUUGAGCUGCUGUGUCAGAAACGAGCCUUGGAGGCCUUUGACCUGGACCCGGCUCUGUGGGGUGUCAACGUCCAGCCGUACUCUGGCUCCCCCGCUAACUUCGCUGUCUACACCGCAGUGCUCAACCCCCAUGACCGCAUCAUGGGUCUGGACCUGCCUGAUGGGGGACAUCUGACUCACGGCUACAUGUCUGAUGUGAAGAGGAUCUCAGCAACCUCAAUCUAUUUUGAGUCCAUGCCUUACAAGCUAAACACUGCAACAGGACUCAUAGACUACGACCAGAUGGAGAUGACGGCCAAGCUGUUCCGGCCCAAGCUCAUCAUCGCUGGCACCAGCGCCUAUGCCCGCCUCAUUGACUACGCCCGCAUCAAGAAGCUGUGUACAGACAUUAAGGCCUACAUGCUCGCUGACAUGGCCCAUAUCAGUGGCCUGGUGGCAGCCAAAGCCAUCCCCUCUCCCUUUGACCAUGCUGACCUGGUCACGUCUACCACGCACAAAUCCCUCCGAGGAGCCAGGGCUGGCCUCAUCUUCUAUCGUAAGGGUGUUCGCUCAGUGGACAAGAAGGGAAAGGAGAUCAUGUACGACCUCGAGGACAAGGUCAACUUCUCGGUGUUCCCCUCUCUGCAGGGCGGACCUCAUAACCAUGCCAUCGCCGGUGUGGCUGUGGCACUCAGACAGGCACAGUCUCCCAUGUUCAAGGAGUAUAUCGCCCAGGUACUAAGAAACUCCAAGUCCAUGGCCACAGCUCUUCUCAGCAAAGGCUACACCCUGGUAUCAGGCGGGACCGACAACCACCUGGUCCUGGUUGACCUGCGGCCUAAGGGCAUCGACGGAGCUCGGGCUGAGAGGGUGCUGGAGCUCGUGUCAAUCACCGCCAAUAAGAACACCUGCCCCGGGGACAAGAGCGCCCUGACUCCUGGUGGCCUCAGGCUAGGUGCUCCAGCUCUGACGUCCAGACAGUUCAAAGAAGCUGACUUUGUGCAAGUUGUCGAGUUCAUGGAUGAAGGCUUCAAGAUCGCCUUCGACGUCAAGAAAAAGACAGGGAAGCUCCAGGACUUCAAGAACUUUCUUCUCCAGGACCCAGAGACCGUAGCUCGCAUCGCCGAACUGCGCCACCGCGUUGAAGCUUUUGCCAGGCCCUUCCCCAUGCCAGGCUUUCACGACCAUUAAACCAAACAAUAUCGAGUCGACGGGGCCAUAACAGCCAGGUGGCAGAAAGCUGGCAGGGCAAGGGGAGGGAGAGAUGUCACGGUAGCGAAAUGUGUUUGGUGCCUGUUAAUCAGGAUAAUUCCCGUUUUCAUCAUCAGAUCUGGGAAACUAUUUUUUUUUUUAACACUUCUUUGCAGUAAUCAAUCAAUCAGUUCUUAGAAAAACUCGGCCUCCACGUUGAGGUGAAGAAACAAUAAAAUUUGACAGAUUUUGUAGAGACAAAUAGCCUAUUUUCUAUCGUAGGUGUAAAGAUCUUUUUCAGUUGUCUUCAUGCCGUUUCUUUAAUGCGAGUGUGUGGGAGCAAAAAAACAACACGUCAAAUCAAACAACAACCAACAGCUUUUUGUUUCUUAGACUCUGUGAUUUGAUUAGUGUGUAAUUAGUGAUUCCAGUAAGAUACACUGAGAGUCUUAAUUCUGUAAAGAGUCUGAACUAAUGUCACUAAUGUAGAUAUUCACAUUGAGAUGUGUGCGUGCAUGAUUCUUUAUAUGAAACCAGGAACACAAGGAGAUUUUAUGAGGUGGUGGGUUGUUCUGCCAAACAGUGUUGUGUUGGCCUUUAAAUUUCUGUCAAGGAAAUAUGGUUGUAGAUCCAAUAUUAACCCAAAAUGUUGUCAGAGUAUCAUAUUUGAUGAAGUUAAACCUUUAACUUUGUAGAGUUUUGUGCAGCUUGUCUGCAAGGACAGAUUGUACAGGAGGUGGACUAAAUGGUUUUAACAUCUUUUAAUCUAUUAUUAUCCAAUAAAGCAACACUACAACUUGUGUUUAUAAAAAAUGUUUACACAGAGAUGUUUUUUAAAAAUAGAAUAUCAUGCGCUUUCAGAAGCAGAAUUUCACAGAGAUGAGUGUAAGGAUGCAUUACAAAAAUUAUGUCCACCUCUAUCCAAGAGUGUUAGUUUCUUUUGACACUGUUGCCAUUGCAUCUUCUUUUCCUUCCACAAUAUCACAGAUGACAGAUUUGAAUUGCUAUAUAUUUUGUUAUAACAGGUAAAUAACCAAAUGGAAUAAUAACAGAAAAAUCAUCCUGGAUUAUUUUAUACUUUAAGCGCGUUUACAGAGAGUAUAUACUUUUCUAUGUUAUUUAAAAACAAUAAACCAUGUAACAGCCAUCAUCUCACAUUGAUCUUAAGGUUUCCAAUACCAGCGAAGUUGUUGAUCUAGAAGACAGACUAUUAAUAGUGCAGUCUGCCUGAUUUAAGUGUCAUUUUUUUCACCAUGGUGUUCAAUGAUGGAAACUGUGAGGCAGCUUGAUUUGGAAAAAAACAGUAUUUUGUUGUGGAUCUGGCUCACAGAUUGGAACAGUUGUCAUUAUCACUGCAUCAGUGAGGAAGCAAGAUUUUGGUUUGUGAAAUGGUUGUACAGCACAAUCGAGAAAAGGCUGUUAGAAAUAACGUGGUUGUUUUCUUACUUUGCACAAAACAGCUUCCAAAGUGAACCAAAUCAUAUGAAUUAUCCACAUCAAAGUUUGUGACAGCCAGUAGAAUAGACUAGCCAAAAUAAACCAGUAAGUAUUUUACUACGAUGUUCAUAAAUCUUCUGUUUGUCUGUUAUCAUCUCUGAUAUGUUGCCAGCCUUUGUACAUCAACCCAAGUUUGAACUAACUUUCUUUUACAGAACAUUUUUAUUAACAUUGAAUUAGCGUUAGCUGAAUAAAAUCCAAUAAUGCAAAUGUAA